CAUGGGGAUACAAUCUAGACUAUAUAAAAGUAUAUACUUGUAUUUUUUUCCUUUUUUUUCUUCUUUUUUGUUAUUUAACAUGCUUGAACAACAAGACUAUAUUCAAGAAUAUCUUGACUUUGCCGUUCAGUUGGCCAAAGACGCCGGUGCUAUCAUAAAAGACGCUGUGGAGUCACGUAUGGCAGGCACUGGCUCUAACAUUGAAAUGAAAAAAGAAAAUCCUAUUGACCUUGUUACAGAAACAGACAAGGCUGUGGAGGAAUUCAUUAAAAAGCGUCUAUUCGAGACGUAUCCCGAGCAUCGAUUUAUUGGCGAGGAAACAUUUGCUAGUGGGGCCAAGACAGAAUUCACAGACCUUCCUACAUGGAUUGUGGACCCAAUUGAUGGUACUACCAAUUUUAUUCAUGGCUAUCCAUUUGUCGCGGUUUCUAUCGGCCUCACAAUCAACAAAAUCCCAACAAUUGGUGUUGUGUUCAAUCCUCUCUUAAACGAGCUCUAUUCUGCUGCUAAAGGUAGAGGUGCUUACCUCAAUAGCACACGCCAAUUGCCCUUAUUUAAUCCACCUCAACCAUUGGUUGAUUUGUCUCAAUGUCUGAUUGCCACUGAAGCUGGAUCUGAUCGAACUCCAGCUGUGAUGGAUGCUAAAAUGAAUGCUAUUCAUGACAUGGUGCGUCAAAAAUCAGACGCUCAUCCUUUUGCAGCACAAGCACAUAGUGUACGUACGACUGGAUCAGCUGCUCUCAAUAUGUGCAAUGUCGCUAAGGGCAUUGUUGAUGUCUACUGGGAAGUUGGCUGUUGGGAAUGGGAUGUGGCUGCUGCUCUCGUUAUUGUGACUGAAUCAGGUGGUAUUGUCUUGAGUGGCCAUAAUGACAAAUCGGAUACAGAGCCUGUCAAUAUCUUUUGUCGUAAAUAUUUAGCAAUUCGUGCUGCAUUGGAUAGACAGAGUCAACUGAACAUUGCCUCUCAAAUGAGAGAUUUAAUUCCUUUUGUGAAUGCUCCUCGUCCUUCUGUACCUGGUGGUUAUGAAUAAUAGAUUUUUAUUUAAUU